AUGGCCGCGUCUUUCUUUGCCGACUUCGGCCUGAUGUGGUACCUGGAGGAGCUGGGGAAGGACGAGCUCAGGAAGUUCAAGCAGCUGCUGCGGAUGGAGCCGCCGCCCCCCGGCCGCCCGCAGGUGCCCUGGGCGGAGGUGAAGAAGGCCGGGCGCGAGGGCCUGGCCACCCUGCUGCUGGCCGCCUACGGCCAGCAGGGCGCCUGGGCCGCCACCCUGAGCGUCUUCCAGAAGAUGGGCAGGAGGGACCUGUGUCUGCGGGCGCGCAGCGAGAGCUCAGGACACGCCAAGGCGUACCGAGCCUACAUCAAGGAGAAAUUCAGCGUCUUCUGGGGCAGGCAGUCGGCCAUGAUGAUCCAAGAUUUCCUAAGCCAGGAGGCAAACCGGCGGGACUGUGAGUGCAUGGAGCAUUUCUUCAGCCCUCCGGAGCCUGACGCGGGCGGGCAGACGGUGGUCCUCAAGGGCAUGCCGGGGGUCGGCAAGACCACGAUGCUGGUCAAGCUGAUGCUGGUCUGGGCCGAGGGCAGGGUCUACCGGGACCGGUUCUCCUACGUUUUCUACCUCUCCUGCUGGGAAAUGAAGCAGUGGCCGGCCACCAGCUUGGCCGAGCUCAUGUCCAGGGGCUGGUCCGACUCGCUGGCCGCCGUGGAGGAGAUGUUAUCGCAGCCGGAGCGGCUGCUGUUCAUCGUCGACGGCUUGGAGGAGCUGGACUGCGACCUGAGCCAGCCUGCGCCCGCGCUGUGCCGGGACUGCCUGGAGCGGAGGCCGGCGCCGGUGCUCGUGAGCAGCCUGCUGCUGAGGCAGGUGCUGCCCGGGGCCUCGCUGCUGGUGGCCACCACGUCCGAGCACCUGCAGGACAUCGAGCAGAAGCUGCAGCAGCCCACCAUCAGGCUGCUCCUGGGCUUCACCCCCCAGGAGGUGAAGUCCUACUUCUGCAGCACGAUCCCCGACCCGCACAGGGCGGCAGAGGCCUUCCACCUGGUGUGGGCCAGCACGCACCUGGCCUGCAUGUGUGGGAUCCCCGUCCUGUGCUGGCUGGUGUGCACCUGCCUGAAGCAGGAGCUGGAGGCGGGGCGCGACCUGGCCCCCGCCUGCGCCAGCACCACGUCUCUCUACAGCGCUUUCUUCCUGCACCUGUUCAGCCCCGGGGGCGCCGCGCGCCUGGACCCGCAGAGCCAGGGGCGCCUGGGCAGCCUGUGCGCCCUGGCCGCGGAGGGCAUGUGGACAGACACGUUCGUGUUCAGCGGCGAGGACCUCCGGAGACACGGGCUGGCGGACGCCGACCUGCCCCCGCUGCUGUACGCCAAGGUCCUGCGGCCCUGGGGGGCGGGCGAGCAGUGGUACCGGUUCCCGCACAUCAGCGCGCAGGAGUUCUGCGCCGCGCUCUUCUACUUCCUCCCGCUCCGCCGCGCCCCGGCGCCCGUGGGCAGCGCCGAGGACCUGCUCUUUCUCUGCCUGCGCAAGUUGAGGGUGCGCUGGAUCUUCCUGGGGGCCUUCGUGUGCGGCCUCCUGAGCGACGGGGCGCAGCGGAGGCUGGAGGCCUGCGCGGGCCCCCACCUGGCCCGGGACGUGCAGCAGGUGCUGCGGCAGCACCUGCAGCGCGCGGCGGAGAGCGAGCUGCUCCGGCAGGACCUGGACUUCCUGGCGCUGUUCUACUGCCUGUUCGAGAUGCAGAGCGAGGCCUUCGCCAGCUGGGCCAUGGGCCUCUUCCCGGACGUGGCCGUGCGCAUCACGGACAGCGUGGAGCUCGCGGUCAGCGCCUACUGCCUGAAGCUCGCCUCGGGCUUGACGAGACUGGCCGUCUCCAUCCAGAACGUCUUUGACGAGGAAACCAAGGGGUGCGAGCUGUGUCCCCGGUCGGGGAACGUGCUCAGCUGCUGGAACCGCGUCUGCUCGGCGCUGGCCAGCGAGACCCUGCGGGAGUUCCAGCUGUGCUCCAGCGGCCUGGACCGCUCGGCCUUCACGGUGCUGUGCCACCUGCUGCGGCGCCCCAGCUGCCGGCUCCAGCGGCUGGAGAUCAACGACGUGGCGCUGCCCACGCAGCGCAAGGUCUUCUUCGAGGCGCUCACCCGCUGCCCGGACCUGCAGCGCCUGAGCCUCGGCUCCACCGCGCUCUCCCGCCAGGACGUCCAGGAUCUCUGCACCGCGCUGGGCCACCCCACCUGCGGCGUGCGGGAGCUCCUCCUGGUCAACUGCCUCCUCUCGGGGGACGACUGCGCAGUCCUCGCCCCCAUCCUCGCCAGCAGCAAGACGCUGAAGCUCCUGAACUUGUCUUUCAACUACCUGGACGAGGGGGUGCCCCUGCUGUGCGAGGCCUUGCGGCACCCCGAGUGCGGGCUGGAGUCCCUGGUUGUGUCCAGAUGCUUCCUCACCACGGACGGGUGCCAGGACCUGGCCGCGCUGCUCACCAGCAGCCAGACGCUAACCGACCUGCAGAUGGGGAGGAACGACGUGGGAGACGUGGGGGUGGCCACCCUGUGCGAGGCCCUGGCCCACCCCGACUGCCGCCUGGAGCAGCUGGGGCUCGGCCACUGCCAGCUGACCAGCGCCUGCUGCGGGGCCCUGGCCGCCGCCCUCGUCAGCACCAAGACUCUGGAAAAGCUGGACCUGCGGGGCAACCCGCUGGGCCACAGUGGGGUGGCCGAGCUCUGCCAGGCCCUGGGCAGCCCCGAGUGCAGCCUGCGCGUGCUUGGGCUGCUGAAAGCGGAAUUUGAUGAGGAGACCCAGAGACUCCUGCAGGCCACGGAGGCGCAGAACCCGCGGCUGAAGGUGGCGGAAGACUGA